GAAACAGACGGAGCGGACCGCAGGAUCAAAGCUGUUGUGCGGUGUGGAGGCGCGCGCGCGCCGGAUGCUGUGCAGAGCAUCACUCCUGAUUAUGAAGAGUGAAACGGUGCAACAUCAGCAGCGGAUAGGAAAGAGAAAGGACACACACUCUCAUACACACGUCUGCCUGGUUUUUUAAUUGUGUGUGUGUGUGUGCGCUGACAUGGUAUCAUUUCAUGACUGCAUGUUUGUGUCCCUGUUUUUUGUUUUUGAACCCCCAGCAGUCUUCCUUGUGUCCUCAGAGCAGAGCAGUGACACUAAGAGCCGAUGGCGAACCGAGGGCCAAGUUAUGGCCUGAGCCGUGAGGUCCAGGAGAAGAUCGAGCAGAAAUACGACACUGAGCUGGAGGCUCGACUUGUGGACUGGAUCGUGGCUCAGUGUGGAGACGACCUGCAGCGCCCACAACCUGGCAAACAGAACUUCCAGCACUGGCUCAUGGAUGGCACGAUUCUCUGCCGACUCAUUAACAGCCUUUACCCGAGUGACAUGCAGCCCAUAAAGAAGAUUCCUGAAACCAAGAUGGUCUUUAAGCAGAUGGAGAAAAUCUCUCAGUUCCUCGAGGCUGCAGAAGCUUACGGUGUCACCAGAGGAGACAUUUUCCAGACUGUUGACCUGUGGGAAGGGAAGGACAUGGCUGCUGUCCAGAGGACUCUCGUGGCUCUGGGAAGUGAAGCUGUUACCAAAGACGAUGGUUAUUACCAUGGCAACAAGGACUGGUUCCACAGGAAAACUAAAGGUCACAGGAGGGAGUUCUCGGAGGAGCAGCUGCGUCAGGGUCGCACUCUGAUUGGCCUGCAGAUGGGCAGUAACCGCGGUGCGUCUCAGGCAGGGAUGACGGGCUACGGGACGCCACGACAAAUAAUGCGCUACGACUCGCCACGCCGCAAUGGAGAACGAAGCUCCCCCUAAAGCUGCCCUCCUAAUGGUACCCCCCAGAACCCCACCUCAUAUCCAGAGCUCUUCCUUUUUAAUUACGUUCAAUUUUUCUUCUCAGAUUUCUUUCCAUCUUCCCUGAAUAUUUAUUUUCUCACUUAUAAGCAUUCAGAAAUAAUCCAAUUUUCUAAAUUAUAUUGUGAAAUACAGAACUCUAAUACAUGCUUUUACUUCACCGUGAGGCGAGAAACCGCUUUGAGUGACACUAAUCUGUCCAACACUGACAGGAAAUAAACAUAAAUGACUGUAUUUUAGUAAACAGCAAUAUUACCAUAUGUUUAACAUUGAGUUGCUAAGGAGCUCGCUAAUUGACUAAAUGUGUUCACAUGCUAGUCAGUGAUCUGCUCUUUAUGCACAUUGUUUAUUUUUCCCCCAUUCAGUGAAGCAAAAGUUUAUGAAUACACAAAAGAACAAAAAAGAAUAAAUGUAAUAUGAAUAAAUAUACAUUUAACAGUGUCUGGCCUCAAUAUGGGCUCAUAGCUUAAAAAAAACCCAACACCAUGUUUUUAUUAUUAUUUAUUUAUUUUUUUACUACAGCUCAGGGUAAUGAGAAACCUGUGGACAAAUAAAAGACAAAUCAGACUUGCUUUAGCUCACAUUCUACAAAGGAAGCUUUUAGCUUAGCCAUGUGUGGCCUCCUGUACUACUCAUGGAAUAAUAAAUACCAAACUGUAAGAGAACUGAUCUGGAAUGAGCUGAACAUGAAGAGCUCAUUUCUGGAUCAGUUCUGAGAGAAACACCAAACAGCUUCAUGCUAACAAGACACAUACCAGAAACUACAUUCCUGAUAUCUAGAAGAAAGACAGAAGGUGUCAAGUUGGGUUAUGAGAACAAACCUGUGAAAUAAUAAUAAUUAUUAUUCCUGUAAUGGCGGUGUAGUGGCUAGCGCUGUUGCCGCACAGCAAGAAGGUCCGGGUUCGAGCCCCGUGGCCGGCGAGGGCCUUUCUGUGUGGAGUUUGCAUGUUCUCCCCGUGUCCGCGUGGGUUUCCUCCGGGUGCUCCGGUUUCCCCCACAGUCCAAAGACAUGCAGGUUAGGUUAACUGGUGACUAAAUUGAGCGUAGGUGUGAAUGUGAAUGGUUGUCUGUGUCUAUGUGUCAGCCCUGUGAUGACCUGGCGACUUGUCCAGGGUGAACCCCGCCUUUCGCCCAUAGUCAGCUGGGAUAGGCUCCAGCUCACCUGCGACCCUGUAGAACAGGAUAAGCGGCUACAGAUAAUGAGAUGAGAUGAGGUUACUAUACACUAAAGUUAGCAUGAGGUUAAUAACGGCAUGUCAAGUGGGCAUCAAAGGACACAACAUGCUAGCUGAAGUUACCACAGGCUUAGUGCUAACUGGGUAACUUAUCAGUAGCUAAACUUACCACAAAUAUUUCCUGCUAGCUGUCUAAACUAAUCACAAAUAGUUACUAUUAGCUGUCUAAAGGUACCACAGGAAUUUACUAGCUAAAGUAAUCACAAUGUUAUCACUAGUUGGUGAAGAUUUUGCAAGACAGUUACAGAAUAUUUUUGCUAUCUUGCUUAAUUUACCACAGGUUACUGCUAGCUAGUUAACGUUACCACAAAACAUUUCUGCUAGAUGCUGGAUUUUUCUGGAUUAGUUUAUUUCUUACUCACUUUGCAAAACAUGGGUCAAAAGUGACCCGGCUGAGUUUUUAAUUUUCUAUAUAUUUGCAAUAAAUUAAUUCCAUCAUUCAGUAUUCAAGGUAUUCCUCAAUUAACUUGUUUUUGAUCAUCAU